UGAUCACCGUAUCUUUUGUACCAUCUCUUUUACUUGAGUGAAAGAAGAUCAAUACCGAAUUUUCCGUUAUGAUCGUCUCGAUCCCCGCAUUCAUUCUUGAUGAUUCUUUCCGGUCAACAAAUAUUCGAAUUUCAAAUUCUCUCCUCUUCUUUUUCUUACAUUUAUAUAAAGCCUUUCUGCUUCUUAUUACAUGCACUUGUUUUUCCAUUCAACAACUCUAUUUCAACUUAUAAUAAACCUCGUUUUACAAUAUUCAAAUUUCUUGUUUUACAACUUUAUUAUUUAUUUAUUUUACGUAAAUGGGUAGUGGCUAUCAGGCUGGGCCUAGCUCAAGCUCAGGUUUUCGGACAUUUGCUUAUGGUGACACUACUUUUACUAAGGUUUUUGUGGGAGGUUUGCCUUGGGAGACACGCAGUGAGACAUUGCGUCGUUAUUUCGAGCAAUUUGGUGAUAUUGUUGAGGCUGUUGUCAUCACUGAUAACAACACUGCGAGAUCCAGAGGUUAUGGAUUCGUGACUUUCCGGGAUCCUGAAUCUGCCAAGAAAGCUUGUGUUGAUCCUACACCAAUUAUUGAUGGUAGAAGGGCAAACUGCAAUCUCGCUUCACUUGGACGCCCUCGUCCUCCUUUGCGGUUUGGACGUAAUAGGUCCACAUCACCUUACCUACGAGGGGGUCUUUCAGCUACUCCCGGGGCUUACAGUGGAGAAUUCGCUUACCAACAAACACUGUCUUAUGGCUAUCAGCAGGGUUUGACAUAUCCACCAUAUGGGUAUAUGACAUACGGUCUAGAAUACAUUUAUCCACAGGGUGUGUAUAACCCAUUUCUCGCGCAGCAGUACCCCCAAGUAUAUGGAGUACCUGGAUCUGUAAACUUAGCUACAUAUCCAUACAGUGUCAGUCAGUAUGUUCCUUUUCUUUCUGGUCAUGGUUAUACAACGUCGCAGGGCUAUUCGCUGCCCAGUCAUCAAGCAAUGCAGCCUGGUGGCCCCAUUGUCAGAUCCAUCUCAACAUCUUUACCUACACUGCAGCCUCAAUAUCCAACAGGCAGAGUCCAUUUCUCUCAAGUGCCUUACUCGCCUUUUACAUUGUGAAAUCUACUGUAAAUAUUUGGUUCGAGUAUGGAAAUUUUUUCUAAUGAUUAUUUAAUAGUUACUGGGUGAAUACUUUAUCUCUGAUGUGGAUAUCUUCUGGCAUUAUUAGGUGAAAGGCCACCUAUUCCUGCGCAGGCACAGUUUAUACUGCCAGGUCCUACUCAGAUGAAUCAAGACAGCAGUUCUGAACAAAAUGCCUCGUAAGGAUUUGACAAAGGAUUUAGGGCAGCGGUGGUGCUACUUGAGUGUGGACUUCAGAUCGAGCCUUGCAAAUUAUUCAUUCUGCAUUCUGUAGGUCACUUUUAAUGCUCAUAGUGGUGAUCAUGUCUGAGCCGCUCCAGAUGGUGGAGGAAAAAAUGUGGAAUAUGUGAAUGGUUCUGUGUUCGAGUUUUUGGUCCAAAACCCUCUUAUCCUGCCAGUCUUCUGGAUGACUGGUAGAGCACCAUGAAUUGAUGGUUGGGGGUGGUAUUUCUACGUUAAGGUUCCUGGCUCCGGUAAGAGUCAAGGAUGUGUCUAAGAUAUGUUAAAAUCAAAAUCUGGUUCUUUCAUAAUCAUCCCCAGGUUUUCCAGCUUUAGACUCUCUGACUUGGUGAUGAGGCUUAGAAGGUAUCCUGGGGUUUGGAAUUGCUGUGAACUCUGAAAACAAGUCGACGCUCAAAAUCAAAAUUAGUCAAGCAUCGAACAGAGAGUGGAGUGUUUGUGGUUUGUUGGAAGUCCAUUAAAAAUUCAUUUUAUUUCGGUUUACUUUUUAAUUUAAAACUGGAUCGUAGACUUGGAAACAUGCAAGUACUUAAGAAUUUUCAGUCCUGUAGGUUCCUGUAGGGUCAAGGAAGCGAUCAACUUGUCAAUUACUUUUCCACUCUUUGGAUCAACUUGUCAAUGAAUUCUUUGGUGGACUUGCAAUGAAACCAAGUUAGUAAGAUACCAUUGUGUAUAGCUGCCAUGGAGUUCUUUUAAUACUUGCAAUCUUUGGAUCAUGAAUAUUGAAAGUUCUGAACUGCAUUACCAUGUAUUACCGCAAUGAGUCUUUCUGGUUUGUGCACUGACACGAUUUUGAUUGGUGGUAUUAAUAGGAUAGGAACUAAUCCGAAUCCACCACCUAAAUGAAAAAUUGUUGUUAAUGUGGCUCACAGACACACAAGAAAAUCCGUACUACGAGUACUAGUAAUAUGUGGGCCGGCUUAGCCUCCCGAUUCUAAAUGCCUAUUCAUAUUUUUAUUUUAUGUGACCCGCAUAUUUAUUUAAUGCGCUUCGCCUUAUUUAUA